CUGAAAUUCAAAAUUUGAACGGCAGCAGUUCAGACAGAGCGCCUCUGGUUUGGCUUCACUAGUUUAUCUCUGUUCACAUCGCUUGAACUGGUACAGUCCCAGUUUAACCAGUACCGCCCAGGAGGAUCCCAGCUGGCCGAUAUGGACCCGUUUACUGAGAAACUGUUGGAGCGGACCCGGGCCCGCAGGGAGAACCUCCAGAGGAAGCUGGCAGAGCGUCCCAAUGCAGCAAACAGACAGAUGGUGAAAAGGCCUCGAGAGCCACUGACAGAGUCCAACAGCGCCGUCGGCGACCCCGCUGCUGAUGAAGCUCCUCAGAUCUCCUCCAAGCCCUCCCCGUCCAAACGCAGGUGCUCAGAGGAAAACUCUGCACCAGAUGAGAACCAGGAGCCAAUCACGAGCCUCGCUGUGGCCCCCGCUCCAUCGGACCCUCUGACGGAUAAGAAGCCCCCUGUGGGCCCUGCCAGGGUCCGGUCCUCGUCCUCUCUGAGGCCCGCCGCUCCGCAGGAGAACUCUGCCCCCGCUCAGCGACAGGAUACUCCAACUAUUAGAGCGACGGCGACCGGACCCCCUGGUUCUGACCCGCAGAGGAACGGGGCAGAGGAGGAUCCGGCUCCCUCUGCUGCUGGCAUGAAGUCCCGCCUGCAGAGGCUGGCGGAGCAGAGGAAAUGCUGGGAUGGUGAUGAAGGUCCUGCUGAUGUGGUGCCAGACAGCACCCCCCCCACUCAGCGACAGGCGCCGGCUGACGUCCAGCCGCCUCCCUCGGCUCCUGCAGGGCGAAGGGGCCGACUGGCCCACCUGGCCGCCACCAUUGAAUCCUGGGAGGACGACCUGAGCCACGCCCACAUCCCCAAAGCCAAGCCUGACGCCGCCGCUGCUCCCAGGUUCCCCACCAGAGUCGCAGAGGCCAAGCAAAGCAGGGCGCCGAGUGUUUCCAUGGCAACCGCCAGGCCUGCUUCCACCAAGCCGGAUACUCUGGGUUCUCCGGUAAAGUCUGCUCGGGCCGUUCCUCCCAGCCCCCAGAAGGCUGAAAGUCCUGCAUCCAGACCCGCCGAUCAGUCGGCCCUGAGGAGCUCCAAGCAGGGAGCCGUCCUCCCAUCCAGUCCGCUGAAGACUCCGCCUCUCCCCAGGGGUGUAACCCCCAGCGCCAGCCCCCGUGACGGAGCCACCGGCUCUGCUUCAACAGGCCGUCAGGAAACGACCCCGGCUGGAGGUCCAGGGGUGAAAUCUUUCCUGGAGCGCUUUGGGGACCGAUGUCAGGAGCAUCGAGAGCAGAGGACUCCAUCAGCCUCACCCAACACCAAGCUGGUCCAGGAGAGGCUGCGGGCCGCCCAGGCUGCUCACACCGCCACCGCCGAGCUCACCCAGAGGCAGAAGCUGGAGCGCGAGUCCGAGCUGGCUCUGAUCCGCAGCCGAUUCCAGAAGGGGAAGACUGUCUGGGAGGGCAAAGGUCAACAGGCGGCCCGGGCCGACGAGGCCCAGCGGGCGGCGGCCAGGGCCGACGAGGCCCAGCGGGCGGCGGCCAGGGCCGACGAGGCCCAGCGGGCGGCGGCCAGGGCCGACGAGGCCCAGCGGGCGGCGGCCAGGGCCGACGAGGCCCAGCGGGCGGCGGCCAGGGCCGACGAGGCCCAGCGGGCGGCGGCCAGGGCCGACGAGGCCCAGCGGGCGGCGGCCAGGGCCGACGAGGCCCAGCGGGCGGCGGCCAGGGCCGACGAGGCCCAGCGGGCGGCGGCCAGGGCCGACGAGGCCCAGCGGGCAGGCAGGAGCGAUGCAGGCGACAAGGUACAGGAUGAGCCCACAGCACCACCACUGCAGGAGCAGCUCAGCAGCGAGAAGCCCAGGGAGGAGCCCAGCACGCCCUCCAGCCGCCAUCCUCCAGCCUUUCCUGGGGUGGGGCGGACCCCCCCAGCCUCCACCUCCAGCCCCGUGAGCCUAGCGGGGAGGACGCAGGAGGUCGAGGAGCAGGAGGUGAGCGUGGACCAGUCCAUUAACUCUGCUGUCAUCAACGAGCUGUUUGAUGGAGUCCUGGAGGAGGAGGAUGAGGAGGAGGAAGAUGCUUUAAACAUCUCCUCCAUGUCGCUCCUCACUCCGCUGGCAGAGACGGUCGCUGCCGUGGUAACGAGUCCGGAGAGGCGGCUGAUGUCGUCCACCCCAGCCAGCUCCUUCCUCCUGAAGAGAGACGCCCCAAGAGAAGAGCUGCAGGGGACCCGUUCUCACGGCGACGAGGACCAUAAGCUGCCUUAUAGCAUCGACGCCUACAGGUCCAUUAGGGUGAAGGAACCAGAGCGCCCGGCGGUGAAGCAGGUCAUCGUGAGGAAGGAGGAUGUUUCUAAGCGGGCGGAGGAGCCUCGCGCGGCCAGCCUGUUCAGCAUGAAGCAGAGGAUGAAGAUGCUGAGCAGCGAGAUGAACCUCCAGCAGACGGUGAUCCAUCAGGCCAGCCAGGCUCUGAACUGCUGCGUGGACGAGGAGCACGGCAGAGGCUCCCAGGUGGAGGCGGAGGCGGAGCGGCUGCUGCUGGUGGCCACUGAGAAGAGGGAGGCCCUGAAGGCCGAGCUGGAGCGCCUGAAGGGGGAGCCAGCUGGGCAGAAGAAGAGCUCAGCGGAUUCUGAACCUGCUGCCUCCAAGGGAUCCAUCACCCUGCAGGAGCUCCGCCUGCCGCUGAAGGCCGACUUCGUCUGCUCCACUGCCAACAGGCCCGAUUCAACCAAACAUUCGUUUUUUAUCGUAAUACGUGCCGGAGCGGAGAACAUGGUGGCCACGCCGCUGGCCAGCACUCACCGCGGCCUCAGCGGCGACACGCUGACCUUCCCCACCAAGUUCACCCUGUCGGACGUCUGCAGCGACUUCAGGAUCGACCUGGACGUCUACUGCUUGGUCCAGAAGCAGGAGCUCUGCAGCGAGAAGAAGAAGAAGGCGGCUAAAUCCAAGGCUAUCACUCCCAAGCGGUUCCUGACCAUCACGAAAACCGCGCAGACGCCAGUUCUGGCCAGCCCCGGGGGUCCGAACGCCGUGCGCAGCAGCAACUUUGUUCUGGUUGGAUCUCAGCGCCUGACGCUGUCCUCCAUCGGGAAGAACAAGUUUCCUCUGGAGAAGGUGCCGUUCCUGUGCCCGCUGGAGGGCCACAUCCACCUGAGGCUGCAGUGUGAGGUGGACUCCAACGUGGAGGAGAGGGGCUUCCUGACCAUGUUUGAGGACGUCAGCGGCUUCGGAGCGUGGCACCGGAGGUGGUGCGUCCUGUCCGGGUACUACAUCUCCUACUGGACCUACCCUGAUGACGAGCGGCGGAAGAACCCCAUCGGUCGCAUCAACCUGGCCAGCUGCACCAGCCAGCAGGUGGAGCCCGCCAACCGGGAGUUCUGCGCCAGACCCAACACGCUGGAGCUGAUCACGGUCCGACCGCAGAGGAAGGACGACCGAGAGACGCUGGUCAGCCAGUGCACCGACACCAUGUGUGUCACCAGGAACUGGCUGAGUGCCGACACCAAGGAGGAGAGGAACCUGUGGAUGAGGAAGCUGAACCAGGUCCUGGUGGAUCUGAGGAUGUGGCGGCCAGACGCCUGCUCCCGCCCCCAGUAAUCCCCCCCACCCCCAUAUAUAAGUGCAAUAUAUCUAAGAAAUGUUGAUGUUUUCCUGUUUGAGACGAGAACCAGAGGAAGAAGCCAUAGAUUUACGGACGGCUAGCUUCCUCCUGUAAUGCUAACCUUUAUAGCCACAUUUAGCCGCUCUGCGCCGCUUUUAGCUAACCGCGAUGACCAACAGCAAGGCUUGAUGACCGAUGCAGUUCCUGCUCCGGCGUUUGGGUUUGAAAUUUUUCUGAUGGAAGGACGGGUUCUGAUGGAGCCGCCCCGCCACGGCCCGUUCAGGCCGGUGGGACCGGUUGCCACGGCGAUGUGCUCUUCCUGCUCAGUGGUUUACUAAAGCUUGUUUUAUUUAUGUUUUUGAUGUAAUGGGAGUAACGAGCACCUGCAGGUGCUGAUCAAGUGUUUUUAAACAGGAUUGGAUAAAAGAUGGCUCCUUUUUUUCAGUGUUCAGAAUGAAUACAGGUUUUUAA